GACGCCCUUAGUACUGCCUUUUCCUCGAUAAAAAUCCGCCGCUGAGAUCUAAAUAUACUGUAUAACUGUUCUUAUUAUUAGUGUGAAGCUUUCCAUUUCUUUCUUACUUUCUGAAGUUUUUUGGGGGAUGUGUACAUCAAUACUUUUGUAAAGAUCCGGGUGACGUUGUAAGCUAUAAAGUUGUUCCAACACGUUUCAAAGUCCCUCCACGCUGUGUGGCAGUCACGUGUAGAGAGAACUGCUACUGUACCUGAAAACGAUGAAGAGACCGAAUAUCCUCCUGACAGGGACCCCAGGUGUUGGGAAGACCACUCUGGGCAAGGAGCUGGCACAGAGGACAGGGCUCACCUACAUCAAUGUGGGGGAUCUGGCAAAAGAAGGGGAGCUGUAUGAUGGGUUUGAUGAAGAAUAUAAUUGUCCUGUGCUGGAUGAAGACAGAGUUGUCGAUGAGCUGGAGGAGCACAUGGGAGAAGGUGGCGUGAUUGUGGAUUACCACGGCUGUGACUUCUUCCCCGAGCGCUGGUUCCACAUCGUGUUCGUCCUGCGCACGGACAACUCCUACCUGUACGAUCGACUGCAGAGCAGGGGAUACGUGGGGAAGAAGCUUCAGGACAAUAUUCAGUGUGAGAUCUUCCAAACCAUUUAUGAGGAGGCCAUGGAAUCCUAUAAGAAGGAGAUUGUCCACCAGUUGCCUAGUAAUGAGCCUGAGGACCUGGAGAGGAACCUGGAGCAGAUUCUGCAGUGGAUAGGACAGUGGCUGAAGGACAAUAACUGAGUGCUGCCAAACCUAGCCACUGCACCUGACACCAAGCUCAGGCCCACAGGUGUCUAAACAGCUGCCGGUCUCCAUAUAAGAUAUUUACUCUAGAUACAACAAUGUGAAGUUUGGUUAGUUUGGUUUCUUCAUGAUGAUUGAUACCCAAGGGAAAAUCAGUUUUUGAGAGAAUAUAAUUUGAUUCUUUUUUGAGAGUUUUUGUUUACUUUGAGAUAGGCCAGAAGGAAAGAAAUGGUUAAAAAAUCACUUUUGAAAAUCAGCCCCUCAAGGCAAGAGUGCUAUGACAAGGGAUUCGUACUGUACCCUCUCAAUACCCUGAUUUAGCGCAUUCCUGCUAUUUUUACGAAAUCUUGAGACGCUGCUUUUUAAUACUCCAUUUGCAUCAUCGUAAGCUUUUCUGCAUCACCCCAGUGAUAUGCCCUAGUAUGUAUAGAACCUAAAAUGCACACAGGCUAUAAGAAGACUGCCCAUUUUUCCAGGUACUAGUAAGCUCAUUGCUUUUCUGAGACUAGUGGUAUCAUUGUGUCACUUCAUGUUCAGAUUGUAGAUGCCCUGUUCAGAAUUCCAGCACGUCCUCACCAGUCCACACAGCCUGGAUUGGAAUCUUUUUUUUUUUUUUUUUUUUUUUUAUCCUGCAUUGCUGAACUGCCUUCUAAAAUUGCACUGCUAUAGGAAGAUGCCACUGAGGAAAGGAGAGCUACGUCAACGAACUGCAUUUAUUUGGAAACGUUUUUGAUGCAGCGUAUCGGCAUAUUUGAUGAAAACGUAAUUUUCCCCCAAGUAUUUUUAAAGACCAGUCACCUCCGGGAUGGACUACAGCAGAAACUGGGAGAAACACAGAUUAAAAAGUAAAUCAAGGGAGCAGCUUUGAAAUAGGGGAGGCCUUUCCUGGAGCACAUUCUGUCCGUUUGUGUGUUAACGGACAUGUUUGUCGCAUUCGCAGUGCAGUUGAGCUCAACACCAGGUGGUAUGGCAGUGUGGUGAUGGGUUCCGGGUUCGACUCCAUACUGGGGCACCUCCUGUGCACUGUUUGCAUGUUCUCCUCAUUUUAGUGGAGGUCUUGUGUGGGAGCUCCAGCUUCCUCCCUUCAUCCUACGACAUGCCGACUAGUUGAGUCGGUGCCUCUUACAUCGUCUCUAUGCGGGGUGCCUGCCCUGGACUGGCGUCUUUUCCCAGGUGUCAUUGCUCCCGGAGCUCCAUGCCUCCGGAAUUGGCUCUGGAUUGCUGCAAGACCCAGCAGGAAUCCGUGGAUUUCUGAUGAUGAAUGGAUGAGUUUGACCAAACGAAAUGAGCAUAACCAUUUGGACUUCCUAAAGGGGUUUUAGGUGGAAAUCUGACAAUUCAAUAGUUGCCCAGUGUUACUGGAGUGUAUUUCUGUCUUUCUUGGGAUAAAAACGAUCCUGUGACUUGUGUUUUGUCAUUUAAAAUAAUAUUUAAAGAAAUACAAUAUGGCCGGUUUCUUAGAUCAUUACUGGACGUAGUCCUAGACCUCCUUGCAUAAGUUAACAUUUGGUCCAAGAAUAGUAAUAAGUCUGCAAAAGUUCUGGACAAUUUAAAGUCAUGUAGAAAAAUUGUAUUAUUUUUUGCUGAUAUCCAUUGAGGGGAAAGAUGUUAAAUUUUUUUUGGCAAAUUGUUUUACAGAAUAUAAGAAUUAUUCAAGGUCAAUACUGUAAAUUCUGCAUGGUUAUUUAUAUUGUUUAGCGACAAACUGGAUAAAACAUGACUUGAAUGUGUGAA